AGCCCCUGCUGUAUAGGUAUAGACAUAACGAUCUUUAAUAGACAUAAAUAUCUACGGGGUGAAUAUUCAGAUCGGUGUUCGAGUUUUCUCGGCUGGCCCGUCUUUCAACACCUCUACCAAAAUGCCUUUUCAUUGCAGGAAAGUUCUGGAUCAGAGGGAUGAAGUUUCUGAGAAGAUUGCCCAGUAUCUACAGCUGAAGAAUGUCAUUCAAAGCUUACAGGAGUCGGAGUGCAAGGAGAUAACAGCGGAUGUGGAUCUCGGUUGCAAUUUUUAUGUUCAAACCAAAGUUGAGGACUCCUCCAGGAUCUUUGUCUCUAUUGGCUACGGGUUUUUCGUUGAGUUCACCCUGCCAGAGGCGCUGAGAUUCAUCGAUAAGAAAACCAAGCAGGAAGAAACCAAACAGACUGAAACACUUACAAAGGAUUCAUCCAAAAUUAAAGGCAAUAUUCGUAUGGUUCUAGAGGGUUUGAGAGAACUCCAGAACUUGAGAGAUCUCCCGGUGGAUAGCAGAAGAGAAGUCUUCUGAAGAGCCAGGAUCCAGGGCGCAGAGGGAAAAAAAAAAUAAAAAUAAUGAACUGUUUUGGAGUCAGGUUAGCUAGAGCCCUGGUCAGCUGUGGAUGAACUGAGAUUUAACUGUUCACCAGUUUGACCAUCGUGAUGCGAUAACAACUCAAAUUGAAGGGAUAGUAACACAGUAAAAAAAGACAGGUACUUACAAAUCUAGGAUUGAGACAUAAUUAAAAUAUGUAUUUAAAUAUAAAUGUAUGUAAACAAGGGAGAAUCCAUCACCCCACAGUGGCGAUGCUAAAUAAAAUAUCUAAGUUCUGUU